AUUUGCCAGUAAGACAUUGAUGUGUAAUUAAAGUAAGGCAGAAUGUUUAAUUAUAUUUCUAUUUGCAUAUUCUUUUUAUGUGCAUUUUCAGCGAUUCACAGUUAUCCUCAGAAUCGACAAUUAUCGCAUUUUUUAAGAUCCUUCGAAUCAUUGACUCACAGAAAAAUUCCACAAUCAUUUAUCGACGUAGUAGAGCACAAUGCAGAAGGACACAAUUCCCCUGACGUACAUCCUGAGAUAGUAGAUAAGGUACAAAAACCUGAUUCAUCUCUUGCGGUAGCCAAAGAGCCUACGAUAGUAAACAAACCGCGUGAACCAGUGGUAGAAAAUAAACCUUUACUCCCUGCUGUGGAAAAUAUACCUCCAAUACCUGUGAUAGCAAAUAAGCCUAGCGAACCAGUAAUAGUAAAUAAACCAUCUGGACCAGUGGGAGAAAAUAGUCAGAUAAAACCUGCUGGGUCAGCGGAAAAUGUUAAGCCCGUAGUAGAAGUGAUAGAAGAUUCACCUCCGGUGCCUGUAUCGGCGAAUAAACCUGCCAUACCUAAGCAACAAGAAACAGUAAACAAACCUUCUGGAUCAGUAGAACAAAACAUACCUAAAACAUUGCUAGUACCAAUUAUAGGUAAUGACCCCACGGUAGUGAAAAAUCCAUCUGGACAAGAUUCUCCAAAAAAUGGCAUACUAGGAGAACACGAAAAACACGAAGAACACAAGAAAAAAGCAUUAAAAUUCUUGGAUAAAUUAAAAAAUGCUGCAUUAAUAGUUUUACAAGGCCUAUCGAUAAUUUGGAAGACAGUAAUUUCAUUAUUUUAGAAAAUACUUAGAUGUUAAUGAUUCAGAG